AACAAAAAAUUUAUAUAAAAAUAAAUGAAAACAAAAACUCGCGCAGUUGCUCUGGUCGAGAUUUAGUAUUUUUUAAAAUAAAGGGAUGUCAGAAAACGUACUUCAGUUUUAAUGGUAUAGAUUCGUAGCCAAAUAUUUUUUUUUUUUUAUUAUAAACUUUUAUUUGUUCAUCUCAUUUCUUCGACCACGAGAAACGGGUGGUCGCGUUGAAAACGAAAAGGGUAUAAUAGGGUAGUUAUUGGUAUUUAAAACAGCUCCUUCAUUUUAGGUAUAAACAGAGGACCAUACACAGUCAAACUCAGUUUCUUCCCUUAUUAGACGGAUCCAAUAUAUUCCUAUUUUCUUGCUUAUUAACAGAAAACAAUUUACAAAGGAAAAAAUAUACAAAACAAAAAUUACAGAAGAAGAAUGGGGAGUUUCCUUGAAAUUCUUUGUGCAGUUCUCAUACCUCCUGUCGGUGUAUUCCUCAGAUUUGGGUGCGGGUUGGAGUUUUGGCUCUCGUUGCUCCUGACGUUCUUUGGUUUUAUCCCUGGAAUGGUAUAUGCUAUAUGGGUUCUUACUAAAUAGAAACAAAAGAAUUUUUAUAUUUUUUUAUAUUUUCUUUCCACUAAAACAAUUUAUCACAGGUUUUCAAAUUGUCGUAAUACGUACUCAAUCAGUUGUUAUC